GAGCUGAAAACACACUUCAGCAUAAGCUGUCACAUUGACAAUCAAUCACUGAAUAACUGAAUAACAUAAAUCAACAUAAUUACCCAACAUUCACAAGAACAUAUACAAUGGAUCUAUGUCAAAGUUGGCAAAGCAACAAAUUGGAAAUGGAGCUAGUUGCUGCUUUGCAGAACACUGUGUGCCAAGAUCCAAAACUACUUUUGGCUGUGAGACAGUUUAUGGAAGAGGCAGCAGCCAGCAAUAUGGCCGAGUUCCUUAAGGCCAUGUCCGUCAUCCUGGCCAAUAAGACAUACAGCGCCGUGGCACGCUCGGCCGCUGGUCUGCAGAUAAAAAGUAGCCUGACCAGCAACGAUGAGAGUGUGAGAAAACAGAAACAGGAGACAUGGCACCAGUUUCCCAACGAGAGCCGAGAGUUGAUCAAGCAUAACCUACUGGCCACAUUGGGUACGGAGAACACGCGGCCCUCUUGUGCCGCCCAAUGCGUGGCAGUGCUGGCAGUCAUUGAACUGCCCCUUCAGCGCUGGGAAAUUCUUAUCCAGACCCUGCGGAACAAUGUGGUCGGCGAGGGAUCGAGUGAAUUGCUUCGCGAGUCUGCUCUGGAGGCCAUUGGCUACAUCUGCCAGGACAUACAGUGCGACCUGACGGAGAAUCAGUUGAAUCAGAUGCUCUCGGCCAUCGUCCAUGGCAUGCGCUGGGUCGAGCCGAGCCAAUAUGUCCGCCUUGCAGCCACCACUGCACUAUACAACUCGCUGGAGCUCACCGAGGCCAUUUUUGAGAAGGAAGUGGAGCGUAACGCCAUCAUGCAGGUGGUCUGCGAGGCCACGGUGUCCAAGGACAAAAAUACCUGCGUGGCCGCCUUGCAGUGUUUGGUGAAGAUUGUGAGCCUGUACUAUCAGUUGAUGGAGCCCUACAUGACCCCGGCCCUCUGCAGCAUCACGCUGGAGGCCGUGAAGGCGGAGCACGAUGACAUUGCUCUCCAGGGCAUCGAGUUCUGGUCGACCGUAUGCCAGGAGGAGAUCGAGCUGGAAAUUGAACGCCAAGAAGCCACGGAGGAUGGUCGUGCGCCCACCUGUGUGUCCAUGCACUAUGCACGCGGCGCUCUGCACAGCCUCGUCCCAGUGCUGAUCGAUAGGCUGAGCAAACAGGAUGAGUGCGAGGAUGAGGAUGUCAGCAGUCCGGCCAAAGCUUCGUCCAUCUGCCUGCGGUGGCUCACCAGCACUUCUGCUAACGAAAUGCUAGCCCUUGUGCUGCCGUUCCUCUUGGCGAACAUUACGUCCGACGACUGGCGCCUACGAAAUGCCGUCCUCAUUACCUUCGGCUCCGUGCUAAGCGAACUGGAUGCCAACACGCUGAAGCCGCUGGCGGAUCAGCUGAUGCCCGCGUUCAUCCAAUUGAUGUCCGACUCGAGUGCCAAUGUGCGCAGCUCCGCAGCCAGGAAUUUGGCUCAAGUCUUUAAAAUCGUUCCGGAGGCAGCCAUCGACCAGUCAUACCUGGAGCCGCUUGUCCAGCUCCUUCUGAAGGGACUGCAGGCGGAGCCUCGUGUGGCCUCCAAUGUGUGCUUGGCACUCAUUGGCCUCUCCAACGCCGCCUCCAAAGCAGCCCCAACUGGCGAGACGUAUGCCCUGUCGCCGUUCUUUGAGUUCAUCAUGGCUGGACUGCUGGCGACCAGCGAACGUUUCGAUGGUGGCCAGGCCAAUCUGAGAGGCACCGCAUACGAUGCACUGCAGAAGAUGAUUGGGGACUCUUCCCUUGACUGCUAUCUGGUGGUGCAGCGCACUACCAUUGUGAUCUUCGAGCGUAUCAGCCAGGCCAUCCAGAUGGAGCGGCACAUCAGCGAACAGAGACGCCGUCAGCUCAACGAAACGCUGUCCCUGCUCUGCGCCACCUUGCAGAGUUUGCUGCGGAAGAUACACAAGGAGGAAUGUCCACAGAUAUCGGACGCUGUUAUGAAUGCCAUGCUCAGCAUUAUUCAAUUGAAUGCUGGAAAAUCGGGACGAGUGCAGGAGAGCGGCUUCCUCGUCGUCUCCGCACUGGUGGAUCGCUUGGGCGUUCAGUUUGCAGCGUAUAUGCCGGCCUUCAAGCACCUCCUAAUCUGUGGGCUGCAGACCCACCAGAAGUAUUUGAUAUUCUGUGCCAGCAUCGGACUCUUCGUCAAUAUUUGCCACGCCCUCAAGGAGCAGCUGGUGCCCUACUGCGACGAGAUUAUGUCCGUGUUGAUGACCAAUCUGAUGGACCCGUCGGUCCAUCGCAACGUUAAGCCGCCGAUACUGUCGGCCUUCGGUGACUUGGCCCGAGCAAUUGGCAGUCAUUUUCUGAAAUAUUUUGACAUGGUACUGGGUAUCCUGCUGGCCGCUUCUAAUCUCCAGAAAGAUCCCACCAACAUUGACACCAACGAGUACAUCGUCGAGCUGCGCGAGAAUGUCGUCCUGGGAUACUUUGGCAUCCUCCAAAGCCUGAUGGGCCUCGAUCAGACGGGCCAUCCCCUGAUGCACCUGGCGCCCCAUCUGCCGCACAUAAUUGGCUUAAUCAACCGCAUUGCCCAGGAUGGGGAAAUAUCCGAUUCGUCGAUGCCAUCCGCUGCUAAUCUCAUUGGCGAUCUGUGCACUUGCUUUGGCCCACAACUCCGCCCACUGAUGGACACUGCGGCUAUCAUCCAAUUACUUGAUGAUGGCAAGCAGUCCAUGGAUAAUGAUAUCUUUACAAGGGUCAUCGAGAUAGUCCAGAAGAUCACUGGCCAAAGCAGUACGCAGUCACUUUAAUAGUUAACAAAAUAAUAUAUUUAUGUUUAUGAUUUCCAAUUACAAUUUCCUUCACGGUUAUCUCUGCU